AUGUCCAUUGACAGCAAGCCCAAACCUUCCCAUCGGGAUGAGAGUGAAGACUCGGCUGGAUCUACCCCCGAAGGUGAACGAAACCCCAUUACAACCGCCGCCAUAGAACCCGUACAGCCUAAGCGAAAGGGCGGCCGCAAGCCGAUUUAUGCCACUUCUGAGGAACGCAAGCAAAGAAACAGACAGGCUCAGGCUGCCUUCCGCGAGAGGCGCACCGAGUACAUCAAGCAGCUCGAAGAGGCUAUCCAGGUUCACGAGACGAACCUGCACAACCUUCAGAGUGCCCACCGCAAUGCUGCAGAUGAGUGCCUCAUGCUGCGCUACAAGAAUUCGCUUCUUGAGCGCAUUCUGCUGGAGAAGGGCAUCGAUGUCCACGCCGAGCUCCAGGCCAAGACUGGCAGCCCAACUCUCGGCCCAACCCACAUGCCCCAGAACAUGGUGCAGCCUCCUCCUCUUCAGAGGCCCAUCAUGAACCGCGCCCGCAAGUCCGUCUCUACACUUGCGCCCAAGCUUGAUGCCAACAAUUCUGCCAUGACCAGCAUCAAGCCCGAGACCUCCCCCAAAGCUCACCCUACUCCCUCCCCCAGCAACUCGGGCUCUACCUUCUCUCCAGUCACCGAGAACACUGGCAUCAAGGCCAAUUCUCUCACCGGCUCCCGUCAUCAAAUGCCUUCCAUUAUCACCAGCGCCCCGGGUCAAACCCCCCUGAUGGAGCGUCGUUCCAGCUCACUCGUCAGCCCUGGUGGCGCCUUCUACCCCACCCCCGCCUUUCACAACCACCUCGAUUCUCUCGAGCAGCAUGAGUACGACCAUCAUGGAGACAUGAUGCAAGAUUCUGAGCUGGAUCAUGGCGCUGUCAAUGAGCCUUUUCAUACUUCCUUUGCCGGUGGCGAGGGCAUGAUGCCUCCCCCUACCUCGGCAGCUGGGAGCCACCAUGUUCCCGGAUCUGGCCCUGGCUUUUCCAUGAGCCAACUUCUCGACCAAAACAUGGAUUGGGAUCCCUUUGGCCUCAGUGCCAGCAUGAACUUUCCCACACAGCAAUUCUCAUUCGACCAUUCCGCACCCCUACGAUAG